AAAAAGUAUUAAUAAUACUAUACUUAAUAAAAAUAUAAAAUCCUUUUAUAUAAUACUUCUAUAUAUAAAAGUAUAUAAAGAAGUCUUAAUAGCUGCUAAUAGCUAUUACCUAAAGAGCCUAUAG